CUCGAGCCAGUGCAGAGAACAUUGAACAUAAUAUAUUAUGGAAAGCAGGAUGAAGUCGAGGAAAUUAAUGCGAAAUCGUACCUCACGGACGUCGGUAUCCGGCACCAGACACAAACAGUGCAAAAAGAAGCAGGUUGUAAAACCGCGGAAGUGCGUCUGUCUUCCCUCGAAUUACGCCCUCGUUGAAUUCCCCGUUGUUUGGUCGGAGCUCAGAGCUAAUCAGCAGCUCUGCGACGGCGCGAUAAGAUGCGCAAGAGAUCAGCUAUUUCCGGUCCAUCGUGCCAUUCUAUCGGCGGUUAGUCCGUACUUCAAAGCGCUAUUUACCAAUAGUCUGAAGGGUGGUAGAACCGACACAACAGAGGUUGUGAUAAGCUGCGUACCCGGUGAAAUAUUUGGACUAAUUCUCGACUACGCUUACACCGGCACUUGUACCGUCACGGCCGAAAAUGUUGAACAGCUUUUACCGCUUGCCGACCAAUUCGAGGUUCUCGGUGUGAUACAGCUCUGCUGUUUGUUCCUGCUCCAGGAACUGAGACCGGAAAAUUGUUUGGGUAUUUUCAAAUUCGCUCGGCACUAUUUUUGCCGUGACUUGGAGGAAAAAGGCCGUAAAUACAUACGCCAUCACUUCAAACAAAUACUCCAAGAAAGUCCCGAGUUCAAGGACCUUUCCUGCGAGGAACUGGAGGCCAUACUCCAGGACGACGAGCUGAACGUCAGGAACGAGGAGCUCGUAUUCGAGGCGAUAAAAAACUGGGUCGAGUCGAAACCGGAUGAGAGAAGGUCCGCUAUACCGGGACUCUUCAAAUGCGUUAGAUUCGGACUGAUGAGUUUCAAAUUUUUCAAUACGAACAUCAUGAAGUGGAGAUUCGUAGAAGAGGAUAAAGAAUGUCAACAGUCACUCUUUCCUGCGAGCAUAUUUCUCGCCGAACAAGACUCCCGGCAGGGGGGAGAAGCCGAUUUAAAAAACCCUCUAGCUCGUCCUCGAAUACCUUAUGAAAUUCUUUUCGCCAUUGGCGGUUGGAGCGCUGGCUCACCGACCAGUUUUGUCGAAACUUAUGACACGAGAGCCGACAGAUGGUUCCUCUCCGUGAAUACUGACGUAACACCGCGAGCUUACCACGGUCUUUGUACGUUGAACAACGUGAUAUACAUGAUCGGGGGUUUCGACGGUAACGAGCAUUUCAACACCGUGCGAUGUUACGACCCGGUAACGAAGGAGUGGAGAGAAAGAGCCUGCAUGUAUCACGCACGAUGUUACGUCAGCGUAUGCACACACGGGGGAAAGAUAUACGCCUUGGGAGGCUACAACGGUAGAACACGUAUGAGUUCCGGUGAACGUUACGAACCGCACAGAAAUCAGUGGGAAAUGAUACCAUCGAUGCAUCGUCAGCGUUCCGACGCAAGCGCUGCGGCACUUCAAGACAAAAUUUAUAUCGUCGGUGGAUUUAACGGGCAGGAAGUCCUCAGCUCAGCCGAAGUAUUCGACGUCGAGACUAGCCAAUGGAGCUUCAUUCAUUCCAUGACCAGUCCUCGUUCCGGCGUUUCCCUCGUCGCUUUUCGCGACAAUCUUUACGCCCUUGGUGGAUUCAAUGGAUUCACGCGCCUUAGUUCAGGCGAACGAUACAAUCCAAAUCAUUCGUCAGAUUGGCACGAAGUGACGGAGAUGUUCAGUCCGCGAAGCAACUUCGCCACGGUUAUUCUCGACGACAUGAUAUUCGUCAUCGGCGGUUUUAAUGGAUCAACGACGAUCGCUUACGUCGAGUGUUACGACGCUGAGAGCAACGAAUGGUACGACGCUUCACCGAUGAAUUUGAAUCGAAGUGCUUUGAGCGCCUGCGUGAUCGCCGGUCUAGUUAAUGCCCGGGAAUAUUCGUACCUGAGCAAGGCUCGAAACCUAGGACAAGGUCAGGCAACGACAAAAAACCCUGUGAAACCUGAUCAGGGCGGUGAAGGACCCGGGGAAAUGUAUCCGGCGGUGCCGGGCGAUCAGGAAGCUGGUUUCAUACCUGGUCCUGCAGGGCACUUGAUUAUCGACGGCGCAAUUGACGGAAUCGCGGAAGGUGGCGCUUUAAUUCUCGCGGACGAUUUGCAGGAGGAGAUGCUGCAAGAAGAUGAUCCCUUGGAUCUCGCUCAGGAAGUCGAUUAAGCCGUACGACUGUCCCGUAAAUUUCGAACCGUAGUCGCGUGAAAAUUGAAGAGAAACGAUGAAUUAAUAAAAAAAAAACGG